GACACACACCCACUUUCCCCGAAACCCCCGAACCCCAUGGAGGCACGGACGAGCUCGACGGCGGCCGCCGCCGCGCCGCUUCCCCCGGACGAUCUCCUCCUGGAGAUCCUGCUCCGCCUCCCGCCGGAGCCGAUCCACCUCUUCCGCGCCUCCUUCGUCUGCAAGCACUGGCGCGGCCUCGUCCACGACGCCCGCUUCCUUCGCCGCUUCCGCGAUUUCCACGGCGGGACGCCUCCCGUGCUCGGCUUCUUCAACCAGGCAGGGCCUCCCUUAUUCGUCCCCACCUCCGGCGGCUUCGCGCUCUCCACCGCCACCGUGUUCCCCGAUGACUGGUGGGCCCUCGACUGUCGCCACGGCCGCGUCCUCCUGGACAGCUGCCGCAACCGGACGCUGCUCGUCUGGGAACCCAUGACCGGUGACAAGCGCUACCUGCCGCCCCCCGCGCAGGCCUCUCAUGGGAGCUUCGAGUACAAUGCCGCAGUUCUGUGCGCGGCUGGGCACACCGACCACGGCGACUGCCAUUCCUGCCCGUUUCUCGUGGCGUUCGUGUUCAGUCACCAGACAGAUUUCAUCACCUCCGCAUGCGUCUUCUCGUCCGAGACCGGUGUCUGGGGUGAGAUCACUUCGAUUCUUGUGCCAUAUGCAUUAGGUCAGGCAACGCCCACGGCUCUGGUUGGAAACACAAUCUACUGGCUGUUGGACAACUGCAGCAUCUUUGAGUUUGAUUUGGAUAAGCAUAUGCUGGGUCUGACUGAGGAGUUCCCAUAUGACGCGCUAGAAAGCUACGAAAGACAGAUUGUCAUCAUGCCUACAGAUGUUGGAUGGCUUGGUUUGGCCGGAGUUGAAGAAUUCAAUCUCCAUCUGUGGUCAAAGGUGGUGAGCGUUGACGGGGUAGUGACAUGGACACACCAAAGGGUCAUUGAUCUCAAAAAGUUUCUUCCUCCCGAAGUAGUGGCGGGGUGUAUGGUUCAAGAUAUUCGAGCGGAGGCAGUUGGCUAUGCGGAAGAUGCUGAUGUGAUCUUCAUUGAUGUGUAUCCUAGCAUCUACAUGAUCCAUCUCAAGUCCAUGAAGGUCAAGGAGGUGUCAGGCAAACUCAUCUGCAAAUACAUUUUGCCUUACUCAAGUUUCUACGCUCCAGGAAUUGCCAUUGAUGGUGGAAAAGAUCAAGCUUAACUAUUGAACAGCAGUUGAGAUGACUGUGCUGUUACAUCUGCUGCUACGCUUUGUUGGUUGAAGAGGUGAUAUGACAUCCUGUGUUAUUAUGUGUCUAUUCUUUUGUUUGCAAGCCAUGGAUCGAUAUUCUCUGCAGCGGUAAAGAAAAUCUAUUUCUACGCACAAUACAUCUAGAACCUUGAAUAAUGUGACUAUAUCGCCUAGUUUGACUUUAUUCGCCUUUUCUCUUGGAGCUGUGAGACACUCCUUCUGGAUCUGCACAGUUUGUAGUUCAUUAUGCUGAUGUGCUACCACAAUGCAGUUUAUCAUAUCAUACAGUUUUAUAUCAUUUCUUUGAUAUCCUUUUGUUGUAUAGUUGCAUCAGUCACGAUCUGGAGUCUUUUUAUUUGAGAAAACACAAUGACAGGAAGGUUUCAGUUCAAUCUUCAGAUAUGAACUCAUGCUCUCACUGUGUGGGUUCAAUAAAUCUCACUAGAAAUCAAAUGUUCUCUUGUCUCUUUGCAAACAGAGUACUACUCCUUGACAGAUGGGUCGUUAACUUGCUA